UCUCCACUGGCGAUAACCCACGGAGCUCAUCGGUGCGAAGCCCCGAGAAAUGCGGGAUACGAUGGUGGAGGACAAGGCGAUCCAGGAGAACGACGAAGUACCUGAGAAUGGAGCUCCGGAGCCCCAUGAAUCGAACCCAGUUGAUUCUGUUAAGGAAAAGGUUCAAACGUUGCUUGAAAACACCCCAACUGACUUUGGAGCCUGGGCAUUACUUCUAUCAGAAAUCGAGAAAACUUCACCUGUAUGUGGCAACUUUUCUGCUAUAUCUGCGUCUCUAAGAUUUUCACAUGGAUGAUAUACAAAAGAUUUGCUUGGUUUACGAUGCAUUCCUGUCAGAAUUUCCUCUAUGUUAUGGUUACUGGAAGAAGUAUGCAAGCCACAAGGCACGACUAUGCACUUUAUAUGAAGUGGAGGAACUAUAUGAACGAGCGCUCCGAGUAGCAACCUAUUCUGUUGAUCUCUGGGUUAGUUACUGUAGCUUUGCUCUGCUAUCGUAUGAAGACCCUGUUGACAUUCGAAGAUUAUAUGAGAGAGGUUUAUCUUUUGUCGGGAAGGAUUACUUGUGCCAUCUUCUGUGGGAUAAAUAUAUUGAAUUCGAAUAUUCUCAGAAGCAAUGGAGUCGCCUAGCUCAUAUUUAUAUCAACACUCUGAGAUAUCCAAUAAAGAAGCUACAUAGCUAUUAUGAGAGUUUUAAAAAGUUGGUUGCUACAUGGGAGGAAGAGAUUGAAUGCCAGAAAGACACUGAAAUGUCAUCAGAAAUUGUAUCUAACUGUGGAACAGAAAAUGUAAAAGAUUGUGGAUAUGCCGAAAUCUCGAAUGCGAUCAGGGAUCUUUUGAAUCAACAAGAUGGCCUUCCUAGGCCUAAUGCAGUAAAGAAAUACUUAGACAUUGGAGAACUAUUUUAUCAAAGAUCAAAUCAAUUAGACAGAAAGAUUAGUUACUUUGAGGCUCAAAUACGGAGGCCUUAUUUCCAUGUGAAGCCACUUGAUGACCGUCAGCUUCAAAAUUGGCAUCAGUAUCUUGACUUUGUUGAGAUGCAGGGAGAUUUUGACUGGGCAGUGAAACUUUAUGAGAGAUGCUUAAUUCCUUGUGCUAACUACUCCGAGUUCUGGAUCCGUUAUGUUGAAUUUGUGGAUGCUAAGGGUGGGCGAGAGAUAGCACAAUAUGCUCUUGAUCGAGCAUUGACAGUUUUUCUGAAGCGAGUUCCAGCUUUCCAUUUAUACUGUACAAUGUUCAAAGAGCAAAUUGGCGAUGUUUGUGGGGCUCGUGCUCUGUUUCAUCGAAGUAUUAUGGAUUCAGACCCUGAGUUCAUCGAGAACGUUAACAGAGAAGCAAACAUGGAAAAACGAAUGGGAAACAUUGAUGCGGCUUGCAUGAUAUAUGAGAAAGCAAUUGAAAUGGCUAAAGAGAAGCAUAUCUUGCAAAUUCUUCCAGUUCUGUACACCAAUUUUGCUCAGUUCACAAUGUUGGCACGUGGUAGCAUAGAUGCUGCUAGAGAAGUCUUUGUCAAGGGAAUCCAACAAAUGCCGAACAAAUCAAUUAUAGAGGGGUUGAUACGCUUUAUAACCAUUCAUGGACGGGCAGAACAGAUACCAAAAUUAGACACAAUUGUGGCAAAUGCUAUAGUUCCUGAGUCAGAUGUAUCUAAAGCCUUCAGCUCUCAAGAUUGUGAAGACAUCUCAAAGUUAUUCUUAGAGUUUGUGGACCUCCAUGGAACCAUUCAUGACAUCAGAAUGGCAUGGAGUCGUCACAGGAAAUUAUUUCCACAUAUAAUGAGACCUUCAUUUAACUACACUGUCCCUGAGAAAAAUACCUUGGACAAGAGCAAGGAAGGAAGAAACCAAAUGUUGGUUUUCUCCAUCUCAUCAUGUUUGUGGAGAUAACCGCCGCGGUGGCUCUGAUAUGCAUUUAAUGGAUGGCCCACAGCUGAAGGACAGUGCUGGUUUUCUGUGUGAAGGGGUAAGAAUUAACAAAUUGCAACCAGAAGAAGACAAAAACUGUACAAGGG